AAUAGUACGUGAUAAUUGAGUUGGCUAACAAUAAGAUAGAAAAAUUAUAACAAUUAUAAUGCAUUAAUUUUUUCCAGGUGUGAGAGCGCAUUUGGCUAGUGUACAACGACGGUGAGUCAAGUCAUUUACCAUAUUUUAUUACGCCAUCAAUUCACACCAUUAUGAUAUGAAUCUUGCAGCAUAGCAGUUACAGCAUUAAUUAUAGCGAUUUUGCGCUUUAAAUCGACCAAGUGAGACUAGUAUAACGGUAGCGAAUGCUAUCCUUUAAGCGCAGUAACGUCAGAUAUGUCGGGUAAAAAUGUCGGGUGGUCAUCAUAUUAUACUUACCCGUAAAGAGUGAAUUUUGACAUUUAUUACGGUCACCAUUUGAUUUAGUGGCUUUAGACGUACGCUUAUUGUACCUAAUGGAAAAUUCCGUUCUUACAAUUAGUCAAAAGUAAAGGGUCUGAAAUACCUCGACGAAACUAACAAUACUCGUGUAUAUAUAAUAAUACAAAUACCGCGUGAGCUAGCAAUAAUCAAUUGGCGGAUAAAUGAAUGAACGAACGCUCGAUCAUAAGAACGGGCGAAUGAAUGGACAGGCUUGUCCUUGACAGCCGAGUGUCUGUAACCUGGCACUCUCGAAACAGUCGCCGAUCCGUUUGCUUACGCUUCAGCCUCGCCGACCCUGUAAACACUCUCCCUCCCUUUAUGUACCCUUUAUGUAUUUCGAGCCGCUGCUACGCGUAUAAUAUUUUUUCUAUUUUGUUUCAUCAUUUCGGAAAUGCUUCAAAGCAAGAAUCCAGAAAGGAUUAGAAAGUGAGAGAAGAGUUUAUACUAGUCGAGCUAACAAUGAGAUACAUUAAGAGGAUUGAAAAGCUGUAAAGAUCUGCACGUGUUUCGUGGCAGGAAAUAUUCGGCAGAAACGGCACGGUCGCGAUCAAUCACAGUCGAUCCAAGAGCACUCCUCGUGGAGUUGCGAGGCGGUGCAGCUAAUAAGAGCGCGAUAAAAUGACAUUCCCGCGUGUGUAAAUUCCAACGGGUCACAAAUAUGUGCAGCAAAGACCGAGCCGGCGGGAGCCGGCUUUGAAAAAGAAGAAGGGGUAGGAGGUGGUCACUAGCCAGCCCCCUCCCCCCCCCCCUCGCACUGAUAAGGAACUCGCGCGAUAAUAACCACCGUGCCGCACCGCGUGGCGAUUUUACAACUCCCAUACUUUUCUCUAGCAUGAUUCGCGCUGCUCCUACCACCGCGGCUCUUCGACACAAGGCACCGGCUCUCCCCUCUCGAGUCGCCACUCUGCCCGCGAUUACAGCUCGAAUUGGCCGUUCUCUCUCUCUCUUUUGCACUCUCUCCUCCAUUCUAUUUUCCUCUAUUCCUUCCGUCUCUCUGCGACUCGUUCCAUCCUACUCUUCGACCUAUUCACUCCUCCCCCCCUUCGUUUCUCCUUGUCUGCGCGUUCGUUCUCGUGGUAUCUUCGUCUCGCCUUCGUUCACUCGGGUAACUCGCCAGCAAACUCACAUCGCCUCGGCAUCGGCCAUCCGCGAAGCCGCAAUUGCUCGCUCAUUUUGCGUCUCUCUCUUUCUCUCUCUUUCUCUCUCUCUCUCUCUCUCUCUCUCUCUCUCGUUCUCCUUCUUUCUCUCUUCCCCUUUUUGUUUUACCGUCUUUUCCAGCUCUGUUCCUCUACCUCUCGUCCCGUCUCUUUUUCUCUUGUUGCUCCGUUUGCUCUAUGUACAUAAUAUACGCGAGCCUCGCUCCCAAUCAUAGAGCAGUGGCGCGACUUGUCGUACAGCCAGCAAAAGUCCGGAUCUUAAUUUUCGUCUAGUCACCGAUCGCAGUGUGCACACAGCAUCAAUCGCUCUCCUGCGCCUUCCGCGCGCGGAAACGAAAGGACAAGGCGUGAUCCUCCGUGAGGUGAGAAUGUCGUAGUCGCAGCCACCCUCGCCCUCGCCGAGUAAAGUGCCGAGUCUUUCUUAUAGUGCGAGUUCCAGAUCAAAAGACGGCUGUCGAAGGUACGAGGGACCAGAACGCAACCGAGGAUAAACGCAAGGUGAUCUCGAGAGGAGGAGUGAUCGCGAGAUGAAGAGAAGGAGCGACGACGACGGCAAACCCGUGGUCAAGUAUCGGCACCGAGAAUACGUCUUGAUCGGAUAUGUCGGGGCGACGGAAUCAGCGUCGCAGUCCACCAGGGAAGCGAUCGUCAAGCAGGAGGAAGAGGGGAAAGCAGUGGCGACGACGACGAUAAAGAGCGAGGACGUCAUCGGGCACGAAGUCGGCCAGCAGGAGCAGGAGCAGCAGCAGGAGCAGCAGCAGCAGCAGCAACAGCAGCAGCAACAGCAGCAACACUUGGCAUUUGUGGCGACCGGGGAGACUGAAGAGGAGGAUAGCGGUGUGGGCGUGCUGGAGGCGGGACAGGCGGAAAUGGAAAAUGGCGCCAUGGUUGAGCCAACCGGUGCCGAAGCAGUCGCUAUUGCGGUCGCCGCCGUCGCCGCUGCUGCCGAUGAUCGUACCGACGAAGUUGAUCCCAGCACCACUUAUACCCUUCACGAGCUCGACUAUCAUCCCACACAUAUAAUCCACGAGAGUUUUGGGGGCGGUGAUAUGAGGGAGGAGCAGCAGCAGCAACAGGUUUCACACCCGCCCCACCAGUCGCACCACCAACAGCAGCAGCAUGACGCACACCAUCAUCGUCAACAGCAGCAGCAGCGGCAGCAGCAGCAGCAGCAGCAACCUCCGCCGCCGCCACCACCGCCGCCGCCGCCGAGGCAACUCCAUCACCAACAGGCGCAACAGUAUGUUCAACUUGGGGCGAGAGAGGUCCCGGUUCCCGAGGGAGGGGAUAACCGGCACCCGACGGAGGCCUCCAUCGCGCCGGAAGGGCGCCGCUCUGGCAGUCACAUGCCUCACUCCACGAUGCAUCGUUACGGAACCGAGACGCUCUCACCAACGACGACGGACCACCAUCACCAUCAACAACAGCAACAUCACCAUCACUUAUCCGAGAUACAUCAACAUACCACUCUAGCUCCCGCUCAUCGUCAUUUGGAGGAUCCGCAGCAACAUCACCAGGAAAACGACGAGGAUGUGGAUCGAGGGGUGAGCAGCAUCGCCGUGGCCAUGAGGGGUGCACGGAACGAUUAUUUAGGCGUACUCUUUUCGAAUCUCAAUGCGUCGAGCACUACGUCCAGCAAUGGUGGCAGCAAUCAUCAUCACCAUCAUACGUCGCACCACCUGGAGGACGUAUUGUCCGAGGAGUCUUAUUUGCAACAUCAGAUCCGCGCUGGCGGAGCCCCUCCGACUAGCGGCGGUUCUCCAUCGGUGAGGACCGUCGGCGGUUCCCCGACCUCUAGUCAUAGUCCGCACGACGAUCAGGAUCUCUCGUCGCCACAUCGACAGGCCCAGGAGAGUUAUAGUCCCACUGAACAGGGCAGAUUGCAGUCUUUUACGCAUCUUACGGCUAUGCAACCACCACCGUCGGUGCAGACCAAUCACGGAUUGCAGGAAGCCGAGCGCGUGUCCGAUCAGCUGUACAUUGACUCGCUCUACACGCAUCAUGCCGCCAGUACCCCCCAUCAUCAUCAUCAGGACCAACACGACCAAGGCCCCUCCGCGCCGCAUUCGCCCAGCGGCCCACUCUCCAGUUCGUCAUUGUAUCGACCGAUGACGAGCGUCAGCGCAAUGGGUACCGCGGCUGGAACCGGAGGAACUUAUGCUCUCUCUUACAAUUCUACGGACCUGGCAUCGUCAUCUCAACUUUGGAAUGCACAAGUUACAGGUUUGAGUGCGCUCUCGAAUUCCGAGGAUUAUGGCAGCAAGCCUGCGGGCACGGUGUCCCAUCAAUCUUUACCGGCAUUUUCACAACCUUUUGGUACUCGAACGAGUUUUCGCGGUUACAGUCCGCCAUAUUCAUCCUCUCAGCAGAAUACCACCGGUACGGCCGCUGUCUCCCCCAUAGACGGCUCUUGGACGUAUGUAUCACCAACCGAUGCAUUAGCGUCACAAUACGGCACACCGUCUAGACGGCAAACUGUUAAUCCGGCGACAGCACCGACGCAAAUUAGUGCCGCGGCGAGUUUGACUGCAAUGCACAACAUCGAAGCAGAGUUCUUUACGGAGGGUCGCGAGUGCGUGAACUGCGGCGCAAUUUCCACACCUUUGUGGCGUAGAGAUGGUACCGGACAUUACCUCUGCAACGCAUGUGGUCUCUACCAUAAGAUGAACGGAAUGAAUCGUCCAUUAGUUAAACAACCACGUCGCCUGUCGGCCACGAGACGCGUCGGUCUCUCUUGCAGUAACUGUGAAACUACGAUGACGUCUCUAUGGCGUCGCAAUGCACAGGGUGAACCAGUGUGCAAUGCCUGUGGUCUUUAUUACAAGCUGCACGGCGUCAACAGGCCAUCAACCAUGAAGAAAGAUAGUAUUCAAACGCGCAAGCGGAAGCCUAAGGGUGGAAUGAAAAGCAGCGAUACGCCUCUUUCGGGCAGUGUCGCGCAAUGCACGAACAACAACAACAACAACAACAACAACAACAACAACAACAAUAGCGUUAAACUUGAAUCAGACCCUUACACCGAUCUGAGGAUGCCUCAUACCGGCGUGUCGCAAGUGACGUAUUCGACCAGUCUCUACGGUACUCCCCAAUCUUCGAACCGAAUGAUGGCCUAUCAACCGGCGUAUUACGAUCUGCUCUCGCAGCAGCAGCAACAGCAACACCAACUGCUGGCUGAGAGCCAUUCGCUGAAGAUCGAAUGUCCGUCUCCACCUUGCACCACGCGCUCACCUGGAAUGAUUUCGGCAGGUCAAUCACCUGACCAUCAUCAACUCACCUCGCCACAUAUUGUUACUCUAGGUAGUCCGUCGACCAGUCCAGCUGGACCUAAAAUUAUGCUGGACAAUGGUCAUCUCGAGAGAUCUACGGUUGUGUCGAUAUCAUCCUAAACGCAUUCCGGGAAGACGCCGGUUUUGUUUCAGAAUAUAAAUAUAAAUAUAAAUAUAUUUUAUUGAUUCUCCUUAGGGUUACAAGGCGUUUUA